AUGUCUGACCACUUCGAUGUACAGAGACGCUCCUCCAACAAUAAGAUGCACCGCGGCCUCGCUGCUCGCUUCAGUCCAACGGCCUCCUUCGAUACCGAAACGUCGUCUACUGACUCCCAUUCCACCCCGUCAGCAUCCGUUCAAGUCAUAUCAGUAGCUACUCCCACAACGACGGCCCAGGAUGCUGGCAAAAAUACCCCGACAUCUGUGCAGACUUCAUCCACUUCAAGCGCCGCACAUGGCAAUACAUCGACCACUCCCACCACGACAUCUUCAGCCUCAACAGCUUCCUCUGCUACCUCAUCAGCAACCACUUCAACCGUUCCCACUUCAGCUGCACCCGCUGUAGUCACCGUUCACUCCACCAGUCUAGUCAAUUCUCCCUCCGCUUCUCUCUGGACUAGCAGCGUCGGCUCAGCUACCACACCUUCAACCGCUGUAUCAGCAACAUCGACCUCUUCUUCGAGUUCGGUUGACGUCACCGCCGUCGUUGGCGGUAUUGCUGGUACGCUCGCUGGCCUCGCUAUUCUUGGAUUCCUCGUUAUGUGGUUGAUGCGUCGCCGCAAGGAGAAUUACGACGAUGACUUUAAUGCCAGCAUAUUCCGUCGCCAGUCUGCCAUUCUGGUGGACGACCCACCCGCACCAAGUCACAACCCCCGGCCACCCACCAUGAUCGAACGCCACCUUCACAAUGCUUCUCCGGCCCUUGCAGCCCAGCGCAACUUUUCCGGUCCCGGUUCCAAUUUCUAUGGCGGGUAUGGCCAGCAGUCACUGGGUCCGGGAGAGGUCGUUCAGCCGGCUUACGGUCAACCCGUCAUGGGAUAUGGGGACCCUGGACAACUCGCCCGACAGCCUUCGAACGCCGCAUUCCUCACGCGUCAACCGAGUGCUAUGACUGGAUAUGGUAACCCUGCCCAACUCGCUAGACAACCGUCUGGCGUCACUACCCUGAAUCGCCAACGGAGUGCCGCCGGGUAUGGCGCGACUCCUGAGGACAACGAGCCACAUUACGUUGACCUUAAUCGCUCCAGCGUGACGCCCUUCCAAGCCGCACAAUAUGCCGCUAUCUCGCGCCACUUGAACGAUAUGGAACCGCGUUUACCACGCACAUCGGAUGACUUGAACCUUCCUCCACUUCCAUCGCCGUUCGACAACCCGCCACAAGGAACUCCUCAAGCUUCAACUGCUGCGCUUCGUGCACCAUCUCCGGUUCAUUUUGCCUCUGGCGCUAACACUGUGGCUCACUCUUCCGAGACUCCGGCUCCGAGAACACGGGAGGUCACCACAGACGCGAAUCGUCCCUCGUCUGCUUACACCGUCUACGAGGAUGGUGACGCCUAUGGUGGAAUAUAA